AUGAUUUACAGUAACAAAAUUGGACAUUACCUCUUUACUUAUUUUGACAUUAAUGAAAUCAGUAAAUAUAUUGGCAUUGGACACGUGACUCAGAUGAACUGCACUCGGGUGACAGAGUUUAUUCUUGUGGGCCUCACAGAUCGCCAGGAGUUGAAAAUGCCCCUCUUUCUGGUUUUCUUAUCCAUCUACCUGUUCACAGUGGUGGGUAACCUGGGCUUGAUCCUUAUCAUCAGAACAGAUGCCAGACUCAACACCCCAAUGUACUUCUUCCUUAGCCACUUGGCAUUUGUUGAUUUCUGUUACAGUUCUGUCAUCACACCCAAAAUGCUGGGCAAUUUCCUGUACAAAGUGAAUGUCAUCUCCUUCAACGCUUGUGCCGCUCAGCUAGGCUGUUUCCUGGCUUUCAUGACAGCUGAGUGCUUGCUCCUGGCCUCCAUGGCCUACGAUAGAUACGUGGCCAUCUGUAACCCGUUAUUGUACAUGGUUGUAAUGUCUCCACGCAUCUGUCUUCAGCUCGUGGCUGCCCCUUACAGCUACAGCUUCUUGGUUGCGCUGUUUCAUACCAUCCUCACCUUCCGUCUUUCUUACUGCCAUUCGAAUGUCAUCAAUCAUUUCUAUUGUGAUGACAUGCCUCUCCUCAGGCUGACUUGCUCAGACACUCAUUCCAAACAGCUGUGGAUCUUCGCCUGCGCGGGAAUCAUGUUCAUUUCCUCCCUUCUCAUCGUCUUUGUGUCUUACAUGUACAUUAUUGCUGCCAUCCUGAGGAUGCGCUCUGCAGAGGGGAGGCACAAGGCCUUCUCCACGUGUGGCUCCCACAUGCUGGCCGUUACCAUUUUCUACGGAACCCUCAUCUUUAUGUACCUCCAGCCUAGUUCAAACCAUUCCCUGGAUACCGAUAAAAUGGCUUCAGUCUUCUACACAGUGAUGAUCCCCAUGUUGAACCCAUUGAUCUACAGUCUUCGCAAUAAGGAAGUGAAAGACGCCCUGAAGAAGCUGGUUGUAGACAAAAAUCAGGCCUUUGUGUUCCUGAAACUAAAAAAGUGA